UACCCUCCCCCCCAUUGUGUCCCCUGCAGAGAUGCUGCCCCCACCCCCUUAGGCCCAAGGAAUCAGGAGCUAUGGGGCUGGGGGCCCUCUCAUCUCUACUGCUGCUGCUGUUCUCGGUGGCAACUGGAGGUGCUGACAUGACAGGACAUUUCAACCCUGCCAAGUGCCGCUAUGCCCUGGGCAUGCAGGAUCGGACCAUCCCAGACGGGGACAUCUCUGCCUCUAGCUCCUGGUCAGACUCCACGGCUGCUCGCCACAGCAGGCUGGAGAGCAGCGAUGGGGACGGGGCCUGGUGCCCAGCAGGGCCGGUCUUUCCCAAGGAGGAGGAGUACCUGCAGGUGGAUCUUCGGCGGCUGCACCUGGUGGCUCUGGUGGGCACCCAGGGGCGGCACGCUGGAGGCCUGGGCAAAGAGUUCUCACCCAGCUACCGGCUGCGCUACUCCCGGGACGGCCACCGCUGGAUGGACUGGAGGGACCGCUGGGGUCAGGAGGUGAUCUUGGGAAAUGAGGACCCGGGGGGAGUGGUGCUGAAGGACCUGGGGCCCCCCAUGGUGGCCCGACUGGUUCGCUUCUACCCCCGGGCUGACCGGGUCAUGAGCGUCUGUCUGCGGGUGGAGCUCUACGGCUGCGUCUGGAAAGAUGGACUGCUAUCGUACACGGCCCCUGUGGGGCAGACGAUGAACUUGAUGAACUUGGCUGAGGCUGUGCACCUCAACGAUUCCACCUACGAUGGACACACCACGCACACCGUUGGCGGGCUGCAGUAUGGAGGGCUGGGCCAGCUGGCAGAUGGUGUGCUGGGGCUGGAUGAUUUUCGGAACAACAACAGCCACACCCUGGGAGCCCGCCUGCCUGGCGGGGUGGAGUGUCGCUUCAAGCGAGGCCCAGCCAUGGCCUGGGAGGGGGAGCCUGUGCGUCACGUCCUGGGGGGCAGCCUCGGGGACCCCAGAGCCCGGACUGUGUCGGUGCCCCUGGGCGGCCGCGUGGCCCGCUUUUUGCAGUGUCGCUUCCUCUUUGCUGGGCCGUGGCUACUCUUCAGUGAGAUCUCCUUCAUCUCUGAUGUUGUGAAUGAGUCCUCCCUGGCUCUGGGGGGCACCUUCCCACCAGCCCCGUGGUGGCCACCUGGCCCACCUCCCACCAACUUCAGCGGCUUGGAGCUGGAGCCCCGGGGCCAGCAGCCCGUGGCCAAGGCAGAGGGCAGCCCGACGGCCAUCCUCAUCGGCUGCCUCGUGGCCAUCAUCCUGCUGCUGCUGCUCAUCAUCGCCCUCAUGCUCUGGCGGCUGCACUGGCGUCGGCUCCUCAGCAAGGCCGAGCGGCGGGUCUUAGAAGAGGAGCUGACAGUUCAUCUCUCUGUCCCUGGGGACACCAUCCUCAUCAACAACCGCCCGGGCCCUCGAGAGCCACCCCCCUACCAGGAGCCCCGGCCUCGCGGGAACCCAGCCCACCCUGCCCCCAGUGUCCCCAAUGGCUCUGCGUUGCUGCUCUCCAAUCCGGCCUACCGCCUCCUUCUGGCCACUUACGCCCGUCCCCCUCGAGGCCCGGGCCCCCCCACACCCGCCUGGGCCAAACCCACCAACACCCAGGCCUGCAGUGGGGACUACAUGGAGCCUGAGAAGCCAGGUGCCCCGCUUUUGCCCCCACCUCCUCAGAACAGCGUCCCCCACUAUGCGGAGGCUGACAUUGUCACCCUGCAGGGCGUCACGGGGGGCAACACCUACGCUGUGCCUGCGCUGCCCCCUGGGGGGGCUGGGGACGGGCCCCCCAGAGUGGAUUUUCCUCGGUCACGGCUCUGUUUCAAGGAGAAGCUUGGCGAGGGCCAGUUUGGGGAGGUGCACCUGUGUGAGGUGGAGCGCCCUCAGGAGCUGGUCAGUCUCGAUUUCCCCCUUAGUGUGCGCAAGGGGCACCCCCUGCUGGUAGCUGUCAAGAUCCUGCGGCCGGAUGCCACCAAGAAUGCCAGGAACGACUUCCUGAAGGAGGUGAAGAUCAUGGCGCGGCUGAAGGACCCGAACAUCAUCCGGCUGCUGGGCGUGUGCGUGCAGGACGACCCUCUCUGCAUGAUCACCGACUACAUGGAGAACGGCGACCUGAACCAGUUCCUCAGUGCGCACCAGCUGGAGGACAAGGCGGCCGAGGGGGCCCCUGAGGGUGGGGAGCCCGCCCAGGGGCCCACUAUCAGCUACCCGAUGCUGUUGCACGUGGCAACCCAGAUUGCCUCGGGCAUGCGCUACCUGGCCACACUCAACUUUGUGCACCGGGACCUGGCCACAAGGAACUGCCUGGUUGGGGAAAAUUUCACCAUCAAAAUCGCCGACUUCGGCAUGAGCAGGAACCUCUACGCCGGGGACUACUACCGGGUGCAGGGCCGGGCAGUGCUGCCCAUCCGCUGGAUGGCCUGGGAGUGCAUCCUCAUGGGGAAGUUCACCACGGCCAGCGACGUGUGGGCCUUCGGCGUGACCCUGUGGGAGGUGCUGAUGCUCUGCCGGGCCCAGCCCUUCGGGCAGCUGACAGACGAGCAGGUCAUCGAGAACGCAGGGGAGUUCUUCCGGGACCAGGGCCGCCAGGUGUACCUGUCCCGGCCACCUGCCUGCCCCCUGGGCGUGUAUGAGCUGAUGCUUCGGUGCUGGAGCCGAGAGCCGGAGCAGCGGCCGCCCUUUUCCCAGCUGCACCGGUUCCUGGCAGAAGACGCACUCAACACAGUGUGAAUCCUGACGCCCAGCCGCCUCCCUCGGGCUCAGAGGAGCCAGGCGCCAUCCAGAGGAGCCCAUGGCCCCGCCCCUGCCCGUUACCUCUGAGAGGCAGUGGGACCCCUCGCUGCUCCCCUCCUAGCAGCGCCCCACCCACCCAGGGGGCCUGUGGCCAGACCCUCUCAGGCCUCUUCUGGCCGUCCCUUGGGGAGGCCUGGGGCCGACACAGGGCAGACACUGGACUUGGCCUCUGGAGCCCCUGGGCCCCUGGACAACACUGGUUCUUGGAGGGAAGGUGUGGCCCACAGCCUCUCUCUCCGUCUCACACUGGACCCCACUGGCUGAGGGCCUGGGAGGCGAGGAGGGCGCAGAAGGACUUGUCCUCCGCUUGGCUCCCUCCCGCCAUCCGCAGAAACACUGGACCUGGGUGGCCCUGCCCGGCCCGUCACGCCCACUCUCCUGCCCGUUAGAGCUAGAACUCCUCUAAGCCGACGUUUCUGUGGAAUAAAUAUUGGAAUUAGGGGACAGGGGAACACGCCCGUGGCCCUGGGGCCAGGUAUCUCUGUCAUAGCUGCCACAUUGGUUUUUCUAUGAUCACUUGGGGUUUGUACAUUUUUGGCAGAAGAGACACAGAUUUUUACACUAAUAUAUGGAUCAAGCUCCGUGUAAUUUUAAUCCCCUGCACUAGGCAGGUAACAAUAAAGGUGAGUUUUCCACA